GUCUCCAUCAGUCAGCCGCAGAGUGUGGACCUUAAUUUUUGGGGCAAGCGGUGGCCGGUUUUUCAUAUUAUUCUCCAAGUUGUCGUUUGGAUGCAGUCAUUAACAGACUAGCUGUAGUGCGCUCUCCAUUUCUCUUUUCGCUCGGCUCAAAGAAAAAACAUCAAGACAAUUGGAAAUCGAAAAUCAGUGAAAUCUGAUUUGAAUUUUAAUCAGUUUGCCUUUUGUAAUUCCACACAAAACGAAAUGAACAAAUUUCCGUCAAAGGUUUGGCAGGUUACAACCUCAACCUCAAGCAGCACAGUCGUCAACCUAAGGAGAAAAGUGGCGACACAUAAUCGCAAAAAUUCAACAGAAGCAGCAGCAGCGGCAGCAUGUCCACAUUUGCUAGGCACCGACGGUGGGGAGGGAGUAUCCAGCACUAGGGAGUGGCAAAACGCCUUGCCCUACAAUGAAAUACCAGGACCAAAACCCUUGCCCAUCUUGGGGAACACCUGGCGUUUGAUGCCAAUAAUUGGACAAUAUACCAUAUCGGAUGUAGCCAAAAUUUCAUCACUACUCCAUGAACGUUAUGGAAGAAUUGUGCGUUUUAGUGGGCUAAUUGGGCGUCCAGAUCUGUUGUUUAUCUACGAUGCCGAUGAAAUUGAAAAGUGCUAUCGCAGUGAAGGUCCCACACCUUUCCGACCAUCGAUGCCCAGUCUGGUGAAGUACAAGAGUGAGGUGCGCAAGGACUUCUUUGGCGAGCUGGGCGGCGUUGUGGGAGUUCAUGGUGAACCUUGGCGCCAGUUCCGCUCGCGUGUACAGAAACCUGUGCUGCAGCUAUCGACAGUCCGACGGUAUUUACAACCAUUGGAGGUCAUUACCGAGGAUUUCCUUACUCGUUGUGAACAGCUGUUGGAUGAGAAGCAAGAGUUGCCCGAAGAUUUUGACAAUGAAAUACACAAAUGGUCCUUGGAAUGCAUUGGCCGUGUGGCCUUGGACACCCGACUUGGGUGCCUGGAGUCUAACCUACGGCCGGACUCGGAGCCGCAACAAAUCAUCGAUGCUGCCAAAUUUGCAUUACGCAAUGUGGCCACAUUAGAGUUGAAAGCUCCGUUUUGGCGUUACUUCCCAACGCCCAUAUGGACACGCUAUGUGAAGAACAUGGAUUUCUUUGUGGGGGUCUGCAUGAAGUACAUCGAAAGUGCCACGCAGCGUUUGAAAAAUGAAGAUUCUAGCCAACGUGUUGGCGAACCAUCUUUGGUGGAGAAGGUGAUCAUGUCUGAGAAGGAUGAAAAAAUAGCUACAAUAAUGGCUCUCGAUUUGAUUUUAGUUGGCAUAGAUACUAUUUCGAUGGCUGUCUGUUCGAUGCUCUAUCAAUUGGCCACAAGGCCUGUGGAGCAGGAGAAAGUACAUCAAGAACUGAAACGCUUACUGCCAGAUGAAAAAACACCUCUAACCAUUCCUUUGCUAGACCAAAUGCAUUAUCUAAAGGCUUUUAUCAAGGAGGUGUUCCGCAUGUACAGCACUGUGAUUGGCAACGGCCGAACUUUGCAGGAAGACAGCGUGAUAUGUGGUUAUCAAGUUCCCAAGGGUAUUCAAGCUGUCUUCCCCACCAUUGUCACUGGCAACAUGGAAGAGUAUGUCACAGAUGCAGCCACAUUUAAGCCUGAACGCUGGCUGAAGCCACAGCAUGGUGGGGAUCCUGAUCCAGGCAAACUGCAUCCCUUUGCCUCUCUCCCCUAUGGCUAUGGAGCGCGCAUGUGCUUGGGCCGACGAUUUGCUGACCUGGAAAUGCAAAUCCUGCUGGCGAAACUGUUGCGCAACUACAGAUUGGAAUACAAUCACAAGCCCCUGGACUAUGCAGUGACCUUUAUGUAUGCUCCCGAAGGGCCGCUUCGUUUUAAAAUGACUCGCAUUUAAAAUUUUUCUAGUCAAUAAGUAAUCGUUUUUUAGAAAUAUACAUAUUUUGUUUUUAAUCAACAUA